GCAUAAGGCAAUAAACACCCAUACAAACACAAGCUUCGACAAACCGACCAGAAUUUUGCUUCCGACACCGCCUCCUGACUACUUCGCGGCUACUCCGGCGGCAUUUAUACACAACAACUCCUCAGGGCAGCAACUCUCCUGAAUCUUGACGGACUACUAAAUAUUGAUUGCGCUUUCUCGUCUCUUUCCGACUCUCAAUAUCCAACGCACGAAAUCAUAAUGGCUGACGAGGGCGCUUCCCCGCGUGAGCUGGUUGUGGAGGCCUGUCGGCGCGACCAGCCUCACUUGAUAGAACAGGUGCUUGAAGACAUGACGGACAAGUCGAACGAGGAGGUGGCCGAGUUCUUCAACGGGGUGACGGAUUCCAUGGGCAACCAUGCUCUACACAUCUGCGCCUCGUACGGAAGCUAUGACACCAUGGACACCCUCUUCGACAUUCAGUACUUCGAAUGUGACCCCCUGACCCGCCUCGACAAAGAUACCCCGCUCCACGUCGCAGUCCGCUAUGCCAACGAGAAGGAUGCCGAGUUAGGGCUGGAGAUGGUCAGGAUGAUGUGCGAUGCCGGGUGCGACCCGCGGGUCCGGAAUAAGCACGGCCAGAAGCCCACGGAGCUCGUCUACAACAACCCCGAGAUCAAGUCGGUCCUGCAGCAAGCGGAGUACGUGAUGGCCGAGGGACUCCGGGAGGACGCGGACAGUGGCUCCGUGCACGACAGUGCCAGCGACAGCGAGUAAAUAUGUAAUAGCGAAACACCCACCCCUGUAUAGCGCUUUUCUUGAUUUCUAUAGAUGUAUGCAAGCGAUGUUCACCUUUUGAGUUUUGGAGUAUCUAUCUUUCUUCCCCGAAUUGCAUAAACUGUGUAACUACAUGGCUGGAUGCAGGGCCGACCCUGUGUGACGUGCAGACGGGGACUACCGCUGCAGUUUCGCGGUCUGCAUGGAGUGUAUACCUG